AUGGCUACCGAUGAUGAUGAUUUCGAAAUUAUUGAUGAAAUAGGUUUAUCAAAUGAACCAGUAUUUGAAUUUAUUGACGUAAAUGAUACUAAAGAAAAAGAUGUAAACAAUGAUACACCAAAAUCACCUGAUGUUGUUUUACCAUUACUAGUAUCAAAACCUUUAAUUAACGAAAUUCCUCAAGUUGUACAACAACAACAAAUAUCUAUUCCAAUUGUUAAAUCACCAGAACCACAAGAAUCAAAUUCAGCAAGUAAAACUACAAUUAUAAGAACCCCUUUUGUUCAAAUCAAAAAGACAGUACCAUAUACACCUCCACCACCACGAAUAUUUGCUCCAGUACCACCUCUACCAAAAUCGCCUCCUCAUCAACGUUACGGUGAUGCUGCACGCAUUCCUUAUAAUGGAAAUGAAGGAGUGGAUAUUAAUACUAUUAUUAAUACAACACGAAAAUUUCAACAAGAUAUUUUAAAUAAAGCUGCUCAAGAACAACAAGAUGCUAAAACAGUACUCGAACAACGUCGAGAUUUACUCAAUAAAAAAUAA